UAAAACUACGGAACAAUACUUUGAUUGCAAUCCAAACCAUCGAUGCACCACGGAAAUGGCGAUUCUUCUCGAACCCUCACCAGUGAAUACUCUCCUCUCAUAAACCCUAAAGAUCCGAUCAUUCUGCUGUUAAUCAAUCCAAGAAGAUUUUCCGAUUCGAUUCGAUUCGAUUCAGUAGGGCGGGUGGGGCGAUGGGCAUAAUUCGGAGCAGCUUCUCCUUCUUAUCAGGAACUGUGUGCGGAAUCUACAUAGCGCAGAAUUACAAUAUCCCCAACGUCAAGAAGGUCGUCUAUGAAGCGCUCUUCACCGCCAAGCAAGUCGAGGAGAAGUACCGCAAGCCAAAAAAGCCAGGCGACGACGACGCCGCCGCCUGAAUUCGUAUUCGAUUCAGCAGGGAGGAUUUCAUUGAAGACGAUUUGGCAGAGGUAUAGUUGCUGAUCAAUUAAGAAUCUCACUGAUAGUAGCUUAUGAAUGCUUGCUUGCAUAACUUUUGGAAUAUGAAUUUCCAUUCAAUUUGAUGUUUAAGAUCAUAAGCUUCUGAAAAUGGUGGAGACAGUUUAGAAAGAACUCUGUAUCCUUAUUUAAGCUAAAUCCUGCCAUCUUGGGUGGAUCGGACAGCAUUUUGGGAUGAUCUUAUAGCGAUAAUAAAUAGGAUGUUCGCCUGAAUUGUCAAACACCUAAGACAGGCAAUCGGCAUUUGAUCAACUAGGUUAUGUGCCUUACAUUUAGUUGGAAUUAUUCAGAUCAUCCUAUCUUUUAUAUGCCCCUGAAUUUCGACAAUACGAUAUUAGCACACAUAUAGGUCGAGAUUGCAUUCACCUUACACAUUUGUGUUUUGUUAAAUAGGUGCUGGAUUUUGUUCGUAAAUAAGAUCUGGAUGUGAUGUUUUGAAUAGGAAAUAGGUUUCUGAAGUAAUCUUUACUUGAAAAUUAGGUUUGGAUUUGCGUUUAGGAGUAAAGUUUUUUCUGUAUGUACGAAAAUAGAGUUGAAAACAUGAAUAAAUGGAGCCCUAUAGAUUUCCUAAUAUCAGAUCAUUGUAUCUCUUAUAUGCCCCCGAAUUUUGGCAAAAUGGUAGUGUGCAUAUUAGGGGGGCAUUAUAUUAAGCUUCUUAGAUUUUCUCUAAUCUCUUUCUCCGUAUUAAGUCGCAUGUGGGAAUUCGUAUUUGAAACUCCUCUCUUUCCACAUCGUCACCUAUCUCUAAACACCCCUUUCUUGAGCUUGACAUCGGGAUCUUGAUUCUUGAAGAUGUUGACUAGAACUCUACUAGUAAACGCCCAUGCCAUAGCUACCCGAAGGAAUGUAGGUUAUGCCCUUAAUUGAUUUGUUAUAGUUCAAUUUUGGAAGUCUCUUUUAGUCCAAAUGCUAUAUUUCAUUCGUCGUGUAGAGUUUCAUUAUUUACUGCUCGCCUUUCAUU